UUCAAAACAGGUGGAUUACAAAAAUAUGACAAAAUGCAUAUUUUGAAAAUAAUUAUUAUAUUAUAAUAAAUAGUAUUAGUUGUUAGUCGUUAGCUAAUUAAAAUAGGUAAGGGUCAGUCGGUUUCCGUUUUGACUUCUGAGCCAGGGUUCCAGGCUCGAGGUGAGAACUGCGCAGGUCCGGUCAAGGGGCGGUCACGUGAUUUUUCUUUCAGCACCACUCUCGGCCACCAUGUUGAACGCGGUAGCAAGGGCCGCCUCCGGCGUCUUAAAAUUCGGAAAAUCCGCCGUCACUCCUUCAAUUUUGAAGAAUGAAGUUUUCAGGACGGCCGGAGCACUGUCCGCAACGUCCUAUGCAACUGCACCUUCAGCAAAAGGCAAAGCAUCUCAAGGAAAGGUCGUAGCUGUAAUUGGUGCCGUUGUCGACGUCCACUUUGAUGACAACUUACCACCAAUCCUCAAUGCUCUUGAGGUUCAAGACAGAGCGCCGAGGCUCGUUCUCGAGGUUGCCCAACACUUGGGAGAAAACACCGUCAGGACCAUUGCUAUGGAUGGUACCGAGGGUCUUGUAAGAGGUCAGGCUGUCAAUGACACCGGAUUCCCCAUUAGGAUACCUGUUGGAGUUGAGACGCUAGGAAGAAUUAUCAACGUCAUUGGUGAACCAAUUGACGAAAGGGGUCCCAUCAACACCGAUAAAUUUGCUUCUAUUCACGCUGAUGCUCCUGAAUUUGUAGACAUGUCUGUCGAGCAAGAAAUUCUGGUCACUGGUAUUAAAGUUGUAGAUUUACUUGCUCCAUAUGCCAAAGGAGGAAAAAUCGGCCUUUUUGGCGGAGCUGGUGUAGGAAAAACUGUACUUAUUAUGGAACUGAUUAACAAUGUAGCUAAAGCACAUGGUGGUUACUCUGUGUUUGCUGGUGUCGGUGAGAGGACUAGGGAAGGCAAUGAUUUGUACCAUGAAAUGAUAGAGUCCGGUGUAAUUUCUCUGAAAGACAAGUCAUCCAAAGUAGCGCUUGUAUAUGGUCAAAUGAACGAACCUCCAGGCGCUAGGGCUCGUGUUGCUUUGACUGGAUUGACCGUUGCUGAAUAUUUCAGAGAUCAAGAAGGGCAGGAUGUACUACUUUUCAUUGACAACAUUUUCAGGUUCACCCAGGCCGGUUCUGAGGUGUCUGCCCUUUUAGGUCGUAUCCCCUCUGCUGUAGGUUACCAACCGACCUUGGCCACUGACAUGGGUACUAUGCAGGAACGAAUUACGACUACCAAGAAGGGAUCCAUUACAUCCGUACAGGCCAUUUAUGUACCGGCUGAUGACUUGACAGAUCCUGCCCCCGCCACCACCUUCGCUCACUUGGACGCCACCACGGUAUUGUCCCGUGCUAUUGCUGAACUCGGUAUCUAUCCUGCUGUCGACCCUCUUGACUCGACCUCUAGGAUCAUGGACCCCAAUAUCAUCGGAGCCGAGCACUAUAACACAGCUCGUGGUGUACAGAAAAUCCUCCAGGACUACAAGUCCCUACAGGAUAUCAUCGCUAUCCUCGGUAUGGAUGAAUUGUCUGAAGAAGACAAGCUGACCGUCGCAAGAGCCAGAAAGAUCCAGAGGUUCUUGUCUCAACCUUUCCAAGUAGCAGAAGUAUUCACAGGACAUGCAGGAAAACUUGUACCACUUCAGGAAACUAUCAAGGGAUUCCAGCAAAUCCUCAAGGGAGAAUAUGAUCACCUUCCUGAGGUUGCUUUCUAUAUGGUCGGCCCUAUCGAGGAAGUUGUUCAAAAGGCUGAAACCCUCGCCAAAUCCACCUCGUAAAAUCUUAACCAUCUCAAAUUGGGUUUUACUACAGUUUUAGAGUUUUUCACGAGAGUAGUAGCACGCCUUCGUGACAUUCAGCUCUGGUCAAAAGUUUACUCCAUAUAAUUAAUAUAUUGUAUUACAAAAUGGGAUACAAGAAAAUACUCUCUGCCUACUGUAAUUUAAAAUAGACAUUUCCAUAUGUACAUUACAUGAAUUAUGUUCUUUCCCUCCCAAAAUUUCUUUUAUUUGUUAGUUAUAUGUGUAAUUUUCAUAAAAUAACAAAUAGUGGUGAUGAGUAAUAAAUUGUUAUGUUGAAACACCACA